UUAGACAAGCUUUCUGAUAGAAAUUGAUUGACCUGAGUAUUGCUGAGAACAAAACGCACACUAUAGAUGAGAUACAGGAGUUAUGUCGCAAAGUGAUUAAAUAUUCAGUAAAAACCAAUCAUGGCCGCUUUCAUAAUCAGCUGUUCGGACAGAUGGAUCCGUAUGGGCUGAUGGGACAAUGGAUUACCGAUGCGCUCAACGCAAGUGCUUACACCUAUGAAGUAGGACCCGUCUUCUCGCUGAUCGAAACGGAAAUCAUACGCACCGUUUGCCAAUUGGCCGGCUAUGCUGAAGGUGAUGGCAUCUUCGCGCCCGGUGGUUCCAUGUCUAAUAUGUGAGUAUGUAUAUAGUGUGUACAAAAAAAUUAUUAACACUUGAAAUCU